UCGCAGCUGUGAUCACCAAACCACACACAACACUCUUCUCACUGCCCUCCACCCAACCAUUGCAGUCAUGGCUUUCCUACGUUACCUGUUUCUCUCCCUCGCCGUCUCCUCUCUCCUCCUGCAAUCCGCAGCGCAACUCGCCGAUACGGAGGACGAGGUAACCGCCGAUGCCACUGUGCCGGCGCCUGUCCCAGCUACCGAGGUAAGCACCGACACAGCCUCCGCGCCGUCCCCUGUUCCGACUACUGAGGUAAGCACCGAUGCCGCCUCUGCGACAGCCGCUGUCUCAGUCGUCGCCGCCGCACCUGGAACAAUCCAGAGGACGACCAAGGAGCAAAUCCUUGCUAGUAUCCCACCUAACCCGACGGAGAACACGGUUCCCUUUCUCACCUCCCCUUCCGGCAAGUACACUGCGUCUCUCCUCCGCCGUGAGACCGCCCCUGGUGCCGGCGGCUUCGGCAAUGAUUUCUGCUACAUCCAGGUGGUGGAAACCAGCACGGGGCACAGCAUGUGGGAGUCGAUGUGCGGUCCGGUGAGCUCUGAGAAUACGUGCUCGGUGGUAUUCACCGCGUACGGAUUGCAGGUGUUCGACGGUAGCAAACCCGUGUGGGACACCGGCGCGCAGUCCGCCGGCGACAACUACCUUUCCACGCUAGAGCUGGUCGACCAGGGUGAUAUGCGCAUACGGGAUAAGGAUGGUGAGUUGGCGUGGAAGGCGAGUCAGGACGUGCGCGCCAACCAGAAUUGCGGCCUCCCGGGAUCUCCAGGGCUCUCUCCCGUCCUGCCUCCCUUUGCGCAGCCCAUCGGUGGGAACGACAAGAACCUUCCCUUCGGGCAGCCGGCCGGGGCAGGGGCAGUCAAUACAGCAUACGGUUCAGGACUGCCGGAGCAGCACACGGCGGACGGGGCGACUCCAGUGUUCGGCUUCACCGGCCAUCCGCUGGUGGACAACUCGCCGUAUGACAGUGGGUGCACCGGCGGGACGAUCGGGCUUUUGGUCAGAAUUGGAGUUUCCCUGUUUAUCGGUGCCGCAAUGGCUUAAGGAUUUAAAUCAUUCUGCUUCAUGCUUCUCAUCCUCUAUACUGUGUGCGUGCUAGCUCCAUGCUUUUUUUACGUGUUGAUCGAUGUUGUGCUGUUAUUAUUCUUGUUAGACGACAUGUACUCACUCGAUGAUGAUGAUAAUUAAUUUCCCUUUGCUUCUUGUUAGAGAUAAUGCCAAA